AUGAGGGAAACCUUGUAUGAAAUUCUUGCAUCAAAGACAAGUGGUAGAAGCAUAUCUUAUAAAGAUUGGGCUACUACAGUGAAGGAAGCCAAAGCGGGUCAGAAUUCUAGUAGUUUGCCGCCAAAUUUGAAGAACUACUUCGAGAAUGCUUUGAAAAAACCUACGAUGACUAACAUAUCCGGCAGAGAUCCCUCUGAGGCUCAUGCGCACCGGAGAUCUCAGAACGCAGGUAUGGAAAGGAGGACUAUUUUAAGUCACGUGAACAGAAACAAACCUCAUCCAAGGAUAUUCUUUCCGUUUCAAACUGGUGAUAGGCUUAAAACAUACAUGGUUUGGAUACCAAAAGACCAAACAUCAAGUUGUUCUCUUCCCCCAGUCCCUCAGAGACGCAUUGAGCGCACACCUCCCUCGAGAAAAUGUAAUUCAAGAAUGAACGGCAACUUUGGUCAACUCAUCGGACUCAAUCAGACCACUUACCAAGAAGAAGUUUCGCAGGCGCCUUUCCGGCACAGAAGUAUCAAUAUGGUGGAUCACUUUCCUGCAAACAACAGUAACAAAACUACUUUCCAUCGUAUGUAAGUCUGGUAAUAUCACUUUUUGGACGAAUCACAGGUCGCUAGCAGCAUGAACUUUACGAAGACAACAAUGAGGCGGAGGGAAAACACUGCUGGCAGUAUCGGUUCAGCAAGAUUUUUUUGUGUGUACCUGGAAUCAUACCUUUCAGUGCAAUUAUUUGUAACGAUACGCGUGACAUGUGUACAUUUUCUUAGAGAGC